UCCGAGAAAACUCGUUUCGAGAAAUUUAUUUUCUGUUUCUAAGGUGGAUUUUGCCCCGAAUAGUUCAAAGUUCGGAGUCCGAAAGGAUAUGCCACGACUUGUUUUACUGAUCGAGAAGUUUGCUUGCUAAUACGAAUUACUGCGAAACUUCGUCCUUCGUGUUAUAUACAUCGUUUCUCGGUAAAGCUUUCGCGGUUGGAUCGUCGAUAAAAAGCACCGUUGUGUACACAGUGGCUCGCUACAGUUUAUCUGGAAUACCCGCGGAUGUAUAGAACGCCAGACGUUGGCGGGGGGAGGCGGGAGGAGGCCAUAUAACAGCGACGCGUGCCGGCUGUCGAGGUCACUCGUUGCUCGAGCAUCGUCGGAGUAACUGCGAUUCACGUGGAAGCUUGCGACACUUUGUGAAAAUCUUUAGUUGUUGCGUAAGCCUGUAUCGAGAGAGUAAUUCGUGUAAUCGAAGUAAACCCGAUUAUCGACGCAUAAAAAGAGAAAAAGGUUCAGUGAAUCAGUGGAUCGCCGAUAGAACGUGUGCACGUUUCUUUCGUGAUAAACUGGCAAUCAGAGCUGAGAAAAUUCCCACGUUCAGUGAAGUGUGCAAACGAGGUGCGACUGGGAGCAGUUCUAGGAACAAGCAGGAACAGAUACUCACGGAAAUGACGCGUUGCCAGAGCCUGCAGUCCUAUGCGUCCGCCACAAUGAAUAACAAUGGGACGCUGUCGUGGCCCGAACAGAAGGAGCCCAGAUGCCCCAGAGGCACGAUAACUUGCGGCAUGCUUCCAACACUACGCGCCUUGGCGUCCAAAGAAUGCGACAACAGCCAGGGCACCAUCUGCCUCGUGCCAUUCGACACCGAAAUGGAUUCUGCCAGUCACCUGCAGAUGAUCCUGCUGGAGGCGUACUGUCGCGAGACAGGAAUCACAGUGUUUCGGGUAUCCAGGGAGAGGAUACGGGACCAUCUGUGCCCGGGUAGCGGCGAUCUAUCCUGCGUGCUGAUAUCAAACGAUGAUCCAUAUUUUCUCGAUCCGCCCGAGUGAAUGUCAAACGCAUCACCUGUUUCGGGAACGAAUUUAUUUUCGACUGAUUGCAGUCGUACGAUUAUUUCGACCAAGCUCUGAUGAUGCUACUGGAGGAUCGUCGAUCGAUCGAAGGGGAGAAAUUUUCGAUCUGAUUUUUCCGUUCGCAAGUUCCACGAACUGACGGAUCGUCGAAGAACAGCACGCGCGACUAGUUUCCGCGUAGAUUUCCGAUCGCGACGUAUAUAUAUUUCUAAUCGUUGCGAGGAUUGUUUAAGGAAAUAACCGAUACGAACAGAGAGAACGCAUUGCCGGGGGAACCACCUGCGAUUAUUGUAUAUGCGUUCGACGCGCGCAAGAAACAAUUAUGAUGUAAUCAUUAAACUUUGGAAAGAGUGGAGAAAGUUAUUUUGUAAUCGUUGAAUAU